AUGAACAAAUACAUUUCUCUUUCAAUUUUUACCACAUUCUGGAUUGUUUUUGCCAUUGUUGGCUGGCUGAUUGCGUUGUUUUUCGAGGAGCGAAGCCUGAUUCGAUGCUGCGUCUUGCUGACUGCCGUCUGCUGCUGGAUCGCCUGGCUAAUUACGUUCCUAAUGCAGAUGAACCCGCUGAUUGGUCCACGUACUGAUCAGAGAAUAAUCUUAGGAAUGGUUUCAUACUGGCAAAACUCGUACAUCCACAGCGAAUUGGACCCCUAGCCGAAAGCAAUGGCCGACAAACUGUUUGACCUGUCUCAAAGCAUAAUAAUUAGUAUAUUAACAUAAUAAUUACAAUGGGAGCUUAUAAUAAUUGAUUGUACUUUCGAAUGGGGAGCCAUACGAACAGUUUGAUCUAUUGAAAUUCAGAAUAUGAAUUGGCCAAAAUAAUCCUUUGAUAUGCCGUUCAAAUUUGUAUCUAGAUUUUACUUUGGUUGCGAAAACUUUUUAAUAUUUAUAAUUAAAUGUCUCGAAAUGCAUAGUUCACAGAAUAAUCCUGAUGAAGUUUGCAAAGGAGCAUAUAAAUUACUUGUUGACAACGGAAAAGUGUAAAAAUGUAUUGUUCAUAAGAAAAUAUUCGAAAACAUAAAAAGUUUUAAUUUUAACAAUUAUGUUAAUUUGUUGCACAUAAGAGAAAGCCACAAGGCGCAGAUAUUAAUUGUAAUAUCAAUUUAAAUCAGAGCAGAAUCUUGCUAAGACUAAUACCAGUAAGACAAGUUGUCCUGGUCCUGAUAAGAAGUUAAACAUACGAAAUAUCCACUUUUCUAUGACCAAAACUUUGUCAUUGAACCCGGACUAGAUGGACUCCGCAGUUCUUGAAGAAUGCAAUUGAAGAACGACAGUUACGACAAUUAACUGUAAAAUUACAGAGUAUCAAGGACUCACAUUUAACAUUCACUUUUUGAUGGCUGGAAACAUUAUCAAAACUCAAACAGUAUCACUUGAUGACAUAUCUAGUAACAUAAAGUUUCCAGAAAAAUAUAA